UGCGAGGCCGAGGCCGCGCCUGACAACGUCACCACCUCCCCUCACCCCCGUCUGCCUCUUCGUCCGUAGUCGCAGCCCAGGGCACUCGCGUUCGUCCAGGGAGCGCUUCCGCUGAAGCUGCUGCCCGAGAGCCUCCCCGCCAUCCAACAGCCCGCCCGUGCAUCGUCCCUCUCGCCGUCGCCCAUCUGAGGCCACCCCACCCCACCUUCCAUUUGCACUGGGCACAGUAGGUGGCCGGCCAGCUGUGCGUCUCACCUCAGUGGUAACGUGGAGCUUGGCUUGUGAUCUGCCAUCCCCGGAUCCCACUCUGCCAACUUCCAACGACCAGUUGCACUACCGCCGUGUAAGCGAACAUCGCUUGUAUACGCUGCACCGGCGGCUAUCGUACCCUCCGUGUUACAGUAUCCUUUUGUUGGCAUCAUCAAACCAUGUUUGAGGCUCUGUUGUAGCCGGUCAUCCCGUCGACACGACCCCACCGUACGACAACUGAACUGACUGGCCGGCGCUGGCUGCGACUUUGUACCUACGCGCUCCGUUCGCAUCAGCACCUCUCCGGAUACGGCGGUUCUCGACCUAGAAAGCGUCGGUGGGCUCUGUGUAGCUGCAAGAGGGCAGUCAACGGCCGGCUGCCCGGGUCGGCGCCGCUACUCGGUCGCAUCCUUAUAUCACGGUCCACGGUGGGCAACUGCUGGGAUGGAGGCCCGCAAGGUUAUCCACAAUGUGCAAGGCAUCUACGGCGGCCAGGCCACCAAGGGCACUCUUCGCUUGACUGACUUCCACAUGGUCUUUUGCGCGCCAGUCGGCCCGCCUGCGAACGACACGGCUUCAACCCCACCCAAGACGAGGGAGCGAUGGCUCACAUACCCGAUGCUCUGCUACUGCGCGUUGCGGCCGACUCUUCCUACUUCGCGGCAGGCGCCCUCGGUUCGCCUCCGUUGCCGGGACUUCACUUUUGUCACAUUCAACUUCACAGAUAAUGACGCAGCCCGGGAUGCCUACGACUUCAUUCGGGGGCGUACGUGCAAGCUGGGGACCGUGGAGAGGCUCUUUGCCUUCAGCCACAGGCCUCUCAAGAACGAGCGCGAGGUGAAUGGUUGGGAGAUAUACGACCCCAAAGCCGAGUUCAGGCGCCAGGGCAUCAGCGAGAAACUUCCCGACCGAGGCUGGAGGAUCACGCACAUCAACAAGGACUAUACCUUCUGCGACACCUACCCGGCGGUCCUCGUCGUUCCAUCAAAAAUAUCGGAUAAUGUCCUCAAAUACGCUAGGGAAUUCCGGUCACGAAAUCGCGUACCUGUGCUGUCCUACAUCCACCCCGUCAACAACUGCACAAUCACCAGGAGCUCACAGCCGCUGGCUGGAAUUACCAGAAAGACCAACGUCCAGGACGAAAAGCUCGUUGCGGCUUCCUUCUCCGCCUGGGUUCCAGGCGGUUCGGAAGAGCCUACUCCACCGUCGAGCCAGCUAGAUGUAGCGAAUGGCAGCCCUAUGCUAGCGUCUGAGCUCUCAGACACAGAGCGAUAUGAAGACGAACUCAUCUCAAGGUCGGCAGCCAUAUACGAUGAAAAGACGGGUGAGCAGAUUGUUUACGGGCGCCAACAAACAAACAUGAUUGUGGACGCCCGGCCGACCAUAAACGCCAUGGUCAACCAGGUUCAAGGCAUGGGCUCCGAAAACAUGGACAAGUAUCCGUUUGCAACAAAGUCUUUUCUUAGUAUCGAAAACAUUCACGUCAUGCGGAGUUCAUUGAACAAAGUCAUCGAGACGCUGAAGGAUGCCGAUGUCUCGCCACUACCACCCAACCGGGAGCUGUUGCACCAGAGCGGUUGGCUGCGGCAUAUUCAUAGCGUUCUCGAUGGCUCGGCCAUCAUUGCCCGGAGAAUCGGCAUCAGACACUCUCAUGUCCUAAUCCACUGCUCCGACGGCUGGGACCGAACAAGUCAGCUGAGCGCACUGGCCCAAAUCAUGCUGGAUCCAUACUACCGGACCCUCGAGGGCUUCGUUGUCCUUGUCGAAAAGGACUGGCUGUCAUUCGGGCACAUGUUCAGGUUGCGAUCCGGUCACCUCAACCACGAGGAUUGGUUCACGAUCCAGAAGGACGCGCUCGCAGGGUCCAAAAUCCAGCCAGGGGAGAACGAUGGUCGCAACGACGCCUUUCAAAAUGUGCUUAGUGGUGCCAAGAGGUUCUUCAACCCGAACAAAGACGAUGCCGAUCUCGAUGCUAUUAGUGAGACGGCCUCGGGGAAAGUCGUUGACGAUGAAGCAACCACCCCCAAAAUGGUCAGCCCCGUCUUUCAUCAGUUCCUGGACUGCACAUACCAGUUGGUGCGGCAGAACCCCAAUCGUUUCGAGUUCAACGAGCGGUUCCUGCGGCGCCUGCUGUAUCACCUGUAUUCUUGCCAGUACGGAACGUUUCUGUAUAAUUCCGAAAAGCAAAGGAAGGAUGCCAGAGUCAGCGAGCGAACGUCCUCCGUGUGGGACUACUUCCUUUGCAGAAAGGCCGAGUUCACAAAUCCCGAUUAUGAUCCCACCAUCAACGACAGGGAACGCGGCCAGGAACGCAUUCUUCUUCCAAAUCUCAAAGAGAUCAGAUGGUGGUACCAACUUUUUGGGCGAACUGAUGACGAGAUGAACGGUGCCCUCCAUGCUGCAGCGCUGGCAGAGAACGACAGGCAAGCUGCCGUAUCUAACCUUGGCCAGGGCAGCCCUGGCGCGCUAUCCAGAUCAGCUGCUGCCUCACCAAAGCCCCCUGGAUUAGCUUCCAGUCAGUCCGUUCUCGCGGCCGUCGAAACGGCUCAUGAAACCCUUACCCCUAGCUCGCAGCAAUCGACACUACGUCGAAGCGCUUCCGCUGAGGGCCCCGGCGCCUUUGCUUCUAUUCGCGACGGAAUCUCUGGCCUGAGCCUAGGCAGAGGCAUGCUUUCCAACUUGGGGCAAAAUGACCAAUCGGCGCCCGAAACACCUUGUCGCACCGACCAAGAGCUGCGAGAGAUGGCGUAGGAGGUCAUAUUUGCAGAAUGGAAUGAGCCCGGCCCAUACGACAUCAUCGAAACGCCGAACACCACCAUUUACCUUUGCGAAACUCCCGACUACAGUCAGCUGGGCCUCAUUGAAGGGAAGUGCAUCCGGCCGGAUUGCGAGGACUGCGGGCGUGGCUCCACGGAGGGCGUCAGUUGUGGCUGGGCAGUCGUUGACCAGGCCAAGACCAGCAAGGCGGGACCUGUGGUAUCGUCACAGCCACAUGUGAAGUCGUCUACUGAAUGAAAAGCUAGCAUACACGGUACGAGUACUUGCAGCGUUCGAUAGUUAAGCGUUUUGCUCGUCGCCCGAACGCGCUGCCAUCACGGUGUCACUCACACAUUGACACGGAGUUCUGGCUGCGAUACGCACAGCAUCUAUCUGGCUGCAGCGCACAACAGCAGAUGGCGGGCUCAUGGUCGAAGCCUCUUAGGCCGAUGAGUCCCCAUAGCGUUCUUUAGCAUAGACUUGAUGUUUUUGCUUUUGUGCUAGUAAUACUACAACUGACAUGCUUUAAAGCGAUCCCUGUAUAUCAGUGACCUUGCAUGUUUCUCGAAG